UAUGCCCUCAAGGACAUAUGCCCUGUUUGCCCUUUUUCUUCACGUUCCUGUCCGUUCAAUAUGCUAUUCACUCUUCAGUCUUCUUACGAAGUCCGAAGCCCGGCAACCUGCGGCUCAUCCUGUUGUCUUUGUCUCUACCCUCCUCAAACCCAACAGUGUGAAGCUAUCAACAUAGCAAAGUUUGUUCGUCAUCGUCAGACCUCCUCUAGUUCGAGAGGGUUUUGGAGUUUGCCCAAUAUUUAAAUAGCGAAACAUGUGUAUUCGUUUUUGCCUUUCCCACGUCUCACGUCGCACUCCCACGCCUCACGUCAGACGCGGAAGGGUCGUUUGAUUGGGUUUGCUGUAAACUCGUUUCUGAAACUCCGACCAACAUCUCUCUUCACUUUCGCGGGAAACUGAUCGAACUAUUUUUUUAAAGCCUUGAUUCUGAACUAGAUUUCAGCCAAAAAUCUGUACUUAGAUUUCUUCUACUCGCCUCUGUCGAUAAGGCUUCAACGCCGCAACUUCUCCCCUCCGCCAUUGAAGCAAGCCUCAGCGCCGCAAAGAGGUACAACAAUGGUGUAUUGCAAGUUUUGUGCAAAGAAUACCAUAUCAGAGCGAGAUCCUGUUGGCGGCUUCUUAUCCUGUACUUCUUGUGGAAAGGUCAUUGAUCAGGAUGUGUACUCCACCGAUGUUAGCUUCAUCAAAAAUGCUGGAGGGCAGAGCCAAAUGUCAGGUAAUUUUUUAAGGACUGUGCAGAGUGACUAUUCUGAGUCACAUGAAAGGACUUUGAUGAAAGGAAGAGACGAAAUUAGUGACAUGGUAACAAGCCUAUCUGUUGGUGGAGGAAAUUCAAUAAUUGACCAAGCUUUUGCUUUCUAUAAAAUAGCGGUUGAGCGAAAUUUCACUAGAGGGCGGAGAACAUCACAAGUUGCAGCUGCUUGCCUUUACAUUGCAUGCCGGGAAAAUAUGAAGGCGUAUCUUCUUAUUGAUUUUUCAGAGUACCUACAGAUAAAUGUUUAUGUGCUAGGUGCUGUAUUUUUGCAGCUUUGUAAACUCCUAAGGCUUGAAGAACAUCCAAUUGUUCAGAAACCUGUUGAUCCCAGCCUUUUUAUUCAUCGCUUCACAGAGCGUUUAUUGGGAGAAAGAAAUGCCAUGGUUUCCAAAACUGCAUUGCGCAUCAUAGCUAGCAUGAAACGAGAUUGGAUGCAGACAGGGAGAAAACCCAGUGGGUUAUGUGGUGCAGCAUUGUAUAUAUCAGCACUUUCUCAUGGCCUCAAAUACUCAAAGUCAGAUAUUAUAAGUGUUGUACAUAUAUGUGAAGCGACACUGACGAAACGACUAAUUGAAUUUGAGAAUACAGAGUCAGGGAGCCUAACGAUUGAGGAGUUCAACAAGAAGGCAGAAGAGCUUGAAGCACAACCUUGCUUAAGGCAACCAGCAACAUUGGGGUCUAAAAUGUCUGGGACAAUGGAAUUGCUUUGCAAACAUAAGGGUAGCUCAGAGCCUCAUUUUGCUCAUGGACUUUGCAGUGCUUGUUAUGAUGAUUUCAUUAAGCUUUCAGGAGGGCUUCAGGGUGGAUCAGAACCUCCAGCUUUCCAACGUGCUGAAAGGGAGAGAAUGGUCAAAGCCUCUGUUGAGAAGGAUAAAGAACCAACUCUUACUACUAAUUUCCAAAAGGGCAGCAACCAUAAUGAUUUUGUGAAAGAAAUAGAUCCUUCAUCGAAAGGCGUCACAGAUGUGAUUGACAAAAGAAAACUGGAUUUUGGAGUGGAUUUUGGAGAGUCUGCAAGUGCUGGAGCUGCAGUUGGGCAUCAGGUUGCUGAUGAGACAGCUUGCAAUCAACCCUCACAUGCAUGUGAUGAUAUGGCUAACAAAGCUGGUGAUGAAUCUGAAAGCCUUUCUGAUAUAGAUGACGUUGAGGUCAAUGGAUACCUUCAUAAUGAGGAGGAGAAGCGGUAUAAAAAGAUUAUAUGGGAAGAAAUGAAUAGGGAAUAUCUCGAGGAACAAGCAGCUAAGGAAGCGGCAGCUGCUGCUGCUAAGAAAGCUUAUGAGGCCAGCUUUCAAAAUUGCUCAGUGGAUUUGCUCGCUGCACAGGAACUUGCUGCUGCUGCUGCAGCAGCAGUGGCAAAAUCAAAAAAGGAAAGGCAACAAAAACGAGCUGCAGAAGCAAGGAAUGCACCCCCUGCAAAAACAGCUGCAGAAGCUACUCGUCAAAUGUUGACUAAGAAGAGACUAAGCUCAAAGAUCAAUUAUGAUGUCUUGGAGAAGCUUUUUGAUGACUCUUCGACUCCUGAGAACAAGAAAAAACGCAUGGAGUCAGAUGAUGCCAUUAGGCAGGGCACUGACAAGAAAUCAGGCAAGGAAGAAGUUGAACCGGAUUGGAAGGACAACAAUGAUGAGCUGGGUCAAGAAGAGGAAUAUGAAGAGAAUGGCAGUGCUUAUGGCGACUUGUACUAUGAAAAUGAAGAUGGAUAUGGUUACGAUGAAGAUUAUGGUUAUGAUGACUAUUGAUGUGGCAGGUAUACGAAAGAGGAGCCAGAGGUGUUCGAAGACCAUUUCUUCGAGUAAAGCGAUUUAUUUCGACUAGCGCCCUGGUCCGACCAUUAAACUAUCUGUAAUGGAGUAGAGGUAUUGGUAUUUUAUUUCCCUGUGCUAAAAGGCCAUUAUUUGGUGGUAACGCAGCCAAAAUUAUUGCUAGAUCUUGUAGCAAUAAGUUUUACUAGGCUUUUUUUCAGUCGUUUAUUUAUUGUCAUUUUAUCCUUGCUGUGGCUGCUGUUGCUACUUUGAACAGCUUGUGAAUACUAUUAUAUCCAAUAGGGCUGAUAUAGUUUCAAUUUGACUAGUCUUGUAGAUUGGUUCGGUGGGAUAUGAUCUGUUUAUUGGGCUUGAGGCCUAUGCUACCCAGGCCUCAAAAUGUUACUGUUGUGUACCAUGUACUUAUAUGAGAAAAUCAACAGUAAAGGUAUCCAGUUUCAGUAGCAAGGUUCAAUUCAAUAUUGAGAGGUCCAAGGGAAUCUGAUGUAAUCCAUCCGAAUUAUUACUGAUAAAAGGUUAAAGAUAGUCUUUCAUUA